UCUCUCUCUCUCUACACAAAAUAAUAAUAAUAAGUAAUAAUAAAAACUACCUCCUCCUUCGUGAGUCCUUCCUUUCCGUUGCCACUUGCCACUCUCUCUCUCAAUUAGGACAGCAAAGUCCUUCGGGCUCUCUUCAGUGUCAAAAUUAGGGCUCAACAUUUAGAUCUGGGGAAGUAUCAGAUGGAGGAUUAUCCCAUCCAAUUCUUUCUUAUCGGUCGCUGAUCUCGAAACUCUGAAAGUCUGUUUAGGACGCGGACUCUUUCAUGGACUCGAUCUGGAGCCACAAUGACGCGCCGCACGCCUGGAAUUUUGUCGUCGCUCUAUACUUUGCCCUUGGCUUCGUCGCCCUCAGGUUCUUCCUCGACAGAUUCAUCUUCCGCAGGUUGGCCAUAUGGUUGUUGAGUAAUGGAGCUGUUCCAUUGAAACUUGAUGAAGCAACACAUGCAAAGAUUGUAAAAUGCUCGGAAUCAAUGUGGAAGCUAACAUACUAUGCGACUGUUGAAGCAUGUAUUAUCAACAUUACUUACCAUGAGCCAUGGUUUAGGGAAACAAAAGGAUUCUUUAGAGGCUGGCCAAAUCAGGAACUACUUCUUCCCUUGAGGCUUUUCUAUAUGUGCCAAUGUGGAUUCUACACCUACAGCAUUGCAGCCCUCCUUACUUGGGAGACUCGACGGAAGGAUUUCUCAGUAAUGAUGUCUCAUCAUGUAAUUACUGUUGCCCUGAUUGGGUACUCAUAUAUAACAAGAUUUUUUCGAAUCGGCUCAAUUGUCCUCGCCCUGCAUGAUGCGAGCGAUAUAUUCAUGGAAGCUGCCAAGGUUUUUAAAUAUUCGGAGAAGGAGCUUGCAGCAAGUGUCUUCUUUGGAUUCUUUGCCAUUUCAUGGCUCAUUCUGCGGCUAAUAUACUUUCCUAUUUGGGUUAUAAGAGCAACAAGCUAUGAUCUUUGUGAGUUCUUGAAUCUUUCGGAGGCCUAUCCUACAUUACAGUACUAUGUAUUCAAUACAAUGUUGCUUUCGCUACUCGUGUUUCACGUAUACUGGUGGGUACUCAUAUGCUCAAUGAUCUGGAGACAGUUGAAAAAUAGAGGAAAAGUUGGAGAAGAUAUAAGAUCCGAUUCUGAGGACGAUGAAUAGGUGGAAGAUUUUGUUCAGGUUAUCAUGCUCUCAUUGAUGAUGUAAAACCUCUGGGAAAUAAUUUUCGUCCUUUGUAUGUUUGUCUUUGACCUCAAUUGGAAGGGGUAUAAAACUUGUCAAUUUCUAAUUUUCCUUCUACUAUUCUUGGGUAUACGUCCAAGCACAUCUCUUUGGUGUAUAAACGAUAGGCGAUAGGCAAUUCCUGUAUAAUUGUUUUCUUUAGAAUUUUUUACAUUUUUUACUAGCCCUUGAACGGAGAAAUGAAGAAGAUCCCAGAAUGAAAAAAGAAACGAACUUUUCGUGUCC